CGUGCCCCAAAAUGUUUGUUAUUGUUUCACGAACCAAAAAUUAGCGAAAAUUUUGCUAUACACGAUGAUACGCUGGCAGAAUUAUUUAUUUUCAACAGCUAAGUAUAUCUGCUUAAUGAGGCGAUUCUCUAUAACAAAUGUUUGUUUGAAGGAUGUUAAAACUGUAGUCAAAGAAGUAGACCCGUAUUGCAAAAUUCGAAUAAAAUGCAAUUACAAUUUGAACAUAGUUCCAUAUGAUUUGCUGGAAUGUCCUGAUUCCAAUAUGUUAAAGAUGAUUAUCAACAAUAACAUACUCGAGCCUAGUAUAGAUUGUACCGGCAACCAAGUUGAGAUAAUAGAUAACAGCAGUGGGUCUCCAGAAAGCUGUGUAUUAGAAAUUCCUAUAAAAGCCGAUUUGGAAAUUGAUAAUCUUGGAGAUACCACACUUUCAGAUCUGUAUAGUGAUCAGAUUCGUGUGCGGUCGGUUGGAAAUAUCACUACAAAAAAUCUGCGAAGCUCAUUGAUUCACUUGCAAAGUAAUCGUGGCAACAUUUCCUGUAAAGGAACCACGCUGGCCCAAUCUACACAAAUUUCAGCGUGUGGUAAGGGCAAUAUACUUCUUAACAAACUGCAAGGAGAUGAAGUCAAUGCAGAAACAGAGCUUGGCGAUAUUUCGGUCGACUCUAGUUACAGUAAUAACUCUAGUUUCAAGACGCAACAAGGUAACCUAAUGCUUAAAAAUAUUCAUAAACACUGUUGCGUAUCUACUGAAGGUACUGGACGAUUAGUCAUGACCGGUUUUUAUGGUACACUAGAGGCGACUGUUUCAAGUCAGGAAGUAGACCUACAACUUUCUGAAAUUGUUGGACAAUCCCACGUGAUUGCCAAAUCGGCGCGUGAACUGACAUUAUCCGUUAGCGAUACUGUAUGUGAUAGCUCCGAAAUUGUUGUUAACUGUAAGCAACUUGCGAUUGAUUCGAAUUUCCACGCAAAUCAAAAUUCUAAGCUGAACAAACCUGGUACUAUUUGUUUCGGCGAUGUAACCACUGAGAACAAACUACAAAUAGAGGCUGGAGAAUAUGUAAAGCUUCGAAAAAUGUCAUGGGCGGAUACGUUGGGACUUCACACUAGAAUCGAAUGAAAUAUACGAAAUAGAAUAGUAUUACUGUGAUCUAGUCUAAAUUAAAAAAAAGAAUAAAUCACAAGCACUCAAAGGUACUAUUUUCUAACGUGAAA